CCUUCACACGAAAGGGAGCAUCUCAUUGGUUGAGAAAGAGGGGUGGGGGGACCGUUUCGCGAAGACACCGCUCGGCUUUGCCAUGUUCCUCACAACAACGCCAGCCCUCAGCCUGUGAACUUCGAUGUGUGCUCAUUCCUCUUGUCAUCAGUGAAAUGUCAAGAUGGCAGAUCAGCAGUAUUGUUUAAGGUGGAACAAUCACCAGACUACCCUUAUUAGUGUUUUUGAAUCCCUUCAAGAGCGAGGAUGUAUGGUCGAUUGUACCCUUGCAGCAGAGGGCCAAUCUCUGCAGGCGCACAAAGUCGUCUUGUCAGCAUGCAGUCCUUACUUAGAGGAUUUGCUGAGCAAGCACUACGACAAACAUCCUAUCCUCCUCCUGAAGGAUGUCAAGUUCGAAGAGCUGAAGGCUAUGAUGGAUUACAUGUAUCGAGGAGAAGUCAAUGUAGCUCAAGACAAGCUAAAUACAUUCCUAAGAGCCGCCGAAAGCCUUCAGAUCAAAGGCCUUUCAGAUGGAGGAACAGAUCCGCCUGACUCUGGAGGGACAGGUUCAAUGAAGAGGACAGCAAAGGGUGCCCCAGUCUCUGUACGCUCUAAUCAACAAUUAACAGUUAGGACAACAAAUUUAGCCGACGACAACUCAUCAAGAGAUGGAAGCGUCUCACCUAGUCUACGUAAACGAAGGAGGCGGAGAGGAUCAGAUGGUUCAGAUCAUGACAAUUCGAGCAAUGUUGCUGAUGGGAAGCAAUCAUCAGCUGCAGCUGCCCCUGUAACUGGCCCAACUGUCAACAAUGAAGACAUGUUACCAACUGUGCCUGCGUCUGGUCCUUCAGAUGAUAAUCUGUUAUCUUCAAUUUUGGAGAGUACUGAGACUGAAAAUGCGACUGAUAGUGGAAUUACCAGUGCUAACAAUACUGUGCCACUUCAAGAAAAUGUGAUAAGAGAUAGGGACAAUGUUCUUAUCGAACCCAAAACUGAGUACCUGGAUGACGACGCUCAAGACCUGCAUUUGGAUGAUGACGAUAGUAUGUUUAGAGCUGGACCUUCACAUGCUAGAGGAUCAGGGAAUUAUGAGGGUGAUGAUGGGGAAGAUGUAUACAUGGCCAAUCAAGAUUCAGGUGCUAAUGCCCAAGAGUUGUCGAAGUUCUGGCAAAAUCAGUUUCUGAAGGAGGCUCGCCGAGGAAGUACGACCAACGGGGCCAACACGGCGACAAACGGCGUGCUGGUGAAGCCGCCGCCGCCGCCUCCCAUGACUCCGCCGUCCACUCGCUCUCCGCGCCCGCGGUCCGGGUCGCCCAGGUCCCCGCGCUCCCCCGCGGCGGGCGCCGACGGCAAGGUGCUCUGGCUGCCGGAGCUAAUGCGUCGCCGCUCGCUGGACUUGAGGGACAGCGGCAAGGACAACGUUCGGGACCUGUCGCUCCCCAAGUCUGAGGAGGACAUGGUGGCCCUAGACAUGAGCGCGAGCAUCCUGAUCCAGCACGCCGAGGAUCACGCCAAGCAGGAGGAGGACGACGAGAACGAACAGGCCCUGUUGGACGCCACGCCGGGUGAGGGCCCCGGAGCCUUCCCUUGCUCGUCCUGCGGCAAGGUGUACCGCUGGAAGCGAACUCUCCGCAACCACCUGCGCUCUGAGUGCGGCAAGGAGCCGCAGUUCCAGUGCCCAUACUGCCACCUGCGCUCCAAGCGCAAGAGCAACAUUUACGCGCACAUCAGAGUCGUGCACCACAAGCCCGUUUGACCAUAGGGACGGGACGGGGCCGCCAAGGCCGAGAAGGCCUCGGGCCAUAGUCUGAACGAGGCAGCACGGAUCCGAGGCCCGUACGCUGGCCUCGUCACCCUAGCAGAGCUAGCGGCCCUGUUCGCCCCCCACACCCAAGCUGGCCACUAGCUAAAACCUAAGCGUCAUCGCAGCAAAGCUUGGCCUUGUAUAUUUAACGCCCCUUGUCUCGACUGGCGUCUUUGCUCAAAGUCUUAUUAAUACGGCCAUGUAGUGUUCCGUCGGUGUCGGUGGUAGAGCCGUACUCUUUGAUCUGACCUGAGACGGAUUCGUGGGUGACCCUAGUCGCCUCCCUUGCUUUCUCUCUUCCUUCUUACCAUAGUUGUGUGCAUUAGUGUGAUAUACUCUUUUUAUUUUCAUUCUUAUAAUUUUUCUAUCUUGGCUCGCUUGUGAGUGCUGCUUGUGGGUGCCUGAAUCUCAGUAUACAUAUUCAUGAUCUCAUGCUUUCAUCCACUGCACUCACGCACUCACAGGCGAUUCAAGGUAUUUAGUUUGAUAGUUUGUAUAAUUUGUCAUCUUGAAACAGACCAUUUAUUUUUGAGUGUCGUGAUUUAUUGGAUAGGAUGGAUGUCACGUGUUGACUCAAAAGUAGACGUUGAAAGUUAUUAGAUUUCAGUCUUGCUGUAAUGUUCUAUUUGUCAGAGAGCAUUCUUGUUUUUACUGCCUGUCCAAUUCCGUACACUGUGUUAAUUGAUUACACAAAUCAUCCUCCAGACUUUGUUUGUGCAGAAGAGGUCUUAGUACGGUUUUACUAUGAGAUUCUUCUCUAUAAAUCUUGUCAAAUACCUCUUAGUGAGUUAUUUGAUUCCUGUGAGCGGUUAUGAGCUACCUCUGUAUUUAAAUUAUUUAAGGAGACUGCCGGAAUCCCUCAAACUUUAAUGUACAUAUUUUUUUCAUCAGUCAUGUGAGUGCAGUAUUUCUGAAAGUAUUUUAGUGUGUUCUUUUUUUCUUUUCUUUUUUUUGUGAUUUGAAGUCAGAGCUCAUUUUAGUAUUUUCCAUACAGCCAUCUUUAUAUGACAUAUAUUGGUACUUUGAGAUUUCUGAUAUUCAUUUUGAAAAGAAUGUUUAUUUUGAGGUGAAAGUUUUUAAAAGUGUGAGUUUUAUGAAGGUAUUGAUUGAAACAAUAUAUUUUGUACUAUGGUCAUUCUCAUAUUUUUUACUUGUUAUGGUAUCUUGUCUAAUUAUGACUGAUAGAGGACAUGUUGAGACUGGAAAAUUCAUCCAUGUAGAUUUGGUGAGCUGUGUGUUUUUUUGUGUUUUUUUUUUUACAUGUGCCAAAAGUAAUGCAUAAAACUGCUGUACGUAAAUAUUUCUUGUUUUCUCGAAAGUGCCAUUGAUAAAAUGAUGAGGCUCUCAUGAUCUUUUCUUUGGAUUAUAUGAGAUUAUGUGCUUUUGCAACUUAAAUUCUUUACCAUUACCAUUUUGUGUGCAAUUUUCGUGUUAGUGUGAUGUAUUUUUCUAGAUAUUAGGAGAAGUCUUUGUGUGUUGUUUUUCAAAACCCAAGACUGUCUUUAUUAAAGGAAAUUAAAUUAUAGAAUGAUGGAGACUUAACUAUAAGUA